AUGGGCCUUUUCUCCAAGACCGAGAAGACGAGUGAGCUUCCCGUCAAGGAGGCUGACGCCGAAUCCAGCGGUGCUUCUGUGCUGCCCAGCAAGGGCCCUUCGAUGAACGAUCUAAGCGACGACACGAUGGAGGCCAGCAACGCGACCGAGAAAGCUGCUGGCGGCGCGGAGGGCCUUAGCAAGGAGAAGAGCAAUGCCGUUUCAGAAGACUACGAGACCGCCAACCAUGUUACCGGAUUAAAGCUUGCAGUCAUUGUGACUGGCUUGUGUCUGUCUGUUCUUCUCGUCGCUUUGGACAACACCAUUAUUGCAACUGCUAUCCCCAAGAUCACGGAUCAGUUCCAUGCUCUGGAAGAUAUUGGCUGGUACGGAAGUUCGUAUCUGCUCACCAUCUGUGCCUUCCAGUUGAUCUUUGGCAAAAUCUACACUUUCUUCCCGGUCAAAUGGGUCUUUUUGAUUGCCAUCACCAUCUUCGAAAUUGGCUCUGCCGUCUGCGGUGCUGCGCCUAACUCGACUGCCCUUAUCAUCGGCCGUGCUGUUGCUGGUAUUGGUUCUGCCGGUAUUUUCUCUGGCGCCCUGAUUAUCAUUGCAUACUCCAUCCCAUUGGAGAAGCGACCAGCAUACACUGGAGCUAUUGGAGGAAUGUACGGCAUUGCUUCCGUUGCCGGUCCUCUGAUGGGUGGUGCUUUUACCGACCACAUCUCAUGGAGAUGGUGCUUCUAUAUCAACCUCCCCAUCGGCGCCGUUACCAUUCUCUCCAUCCUCAUCUUCCUCAAGCACCCCAAGCAGAAGCUCGACAACAAUCACACAUGGAAAGAACGUCUCAUGAAGCUCGACCCUAUCGGAACCGCUUUCUUCAUGCCAAGCAUCAUAUGUCUUCUGCUCGCUCUUCAGUGGGGAGGCACAAAGUACCCGUGGGGCAACGGCCGCAUUAUCGCCCUCUUCGUUGUCUUUGCGAUCCUCAUUUCCGGCUUUAUUUAUAUCCAGAUUAGAGGCGGCGACUCGGCCACUGUUCCCCCGCGAAUCUUGAAGAAGCGUAGCAUUGCCUCCGGCGCAUUCUUCCUUUUCACAAUUGGAAGUGCUUUCUUCAUCAUGGUCUACUACCUCCCCAUCUGGUUCCAGGCUAUCAAGGGGGCGAGUGCUACCAGCUCUGGUAUCAUGAAUAUCCCCAUGGUUCUGUCACUUGUUGUUCUCUCAAUUCUGUCUGGUAUCACUGUCACUGUCAUAGGUUACUACGCUCCUUUGUACUAUAUCUCCUCCAUCCUCACCGCCAUCGGUGCUGGUCUCCUUACCACCUUCACCACCGAAACUAGCAAGGGCAAAUGGAUCGGCUACCAGAUUCUCUUUGGUGCUGGUGUCGGCACUGGCCUCCAGCUUUCCAUCAUUGCUGCUCAGGCUGUUCUGCCACUCGAGGACGUUGCCGUUGGAACCGUCAUCAUGAUGUUCUGCCAGACCCUUGGCGGUGCCCUCUUCGUCUCAGUCGGCCAGAACGUCUUUACCAACCUCCUUGUUAAGGGUGUCGUUAAUGCCGCCCCCGGUCUUGAUCCUCAGAUCGUCCUCAGAGUUGGAGCCACCCAGUUGAAGAGCAUGAUUCCACCUCAGUUCCUCGAUGGUGUCCAGGUUGCGUACAACGACGCGCUAACCAAGACUUGGUACGUCGCUACUGCUCUCGCAGCCCUCAGCAUAAUUGGUGCCAUUGGCAUGGAAUGGAAGAGCGUCAAGGGAAAGAAGAUCGAGGCUGCUGCCGUAUAA